GUUAGCCUGCAGUGUGAUUGGUGGAUGGCGGGGUUGUUUGUUUUGCCGGGUGAUGCGGAAGUGGUAGUCGGGCUGCGGGUACCCGGGCGGUGGAUACACGAGGAAGCAGAAGAGCGCUGCGAGCGGAGAGUCCUUUCAGCGUGUGUGAGAGAACCAGGAGAAAGCUCAGUAGAUCUCUGUGUCCUGGAACGUGCGAGCGUUGGGGGGUCCCUUCUUCCCUGGGGCUCCCAGACAUGCUGUCUUUGAAGAAGUAUCUGACGGAGGGUCUUAUCCAGUUCACCAUUCUGUUGAGCCUCAUGGGUGUACGCGUGGACUUAGACUCGUAUCUGCCCUCUCACCUCCCCCCUCUGCAUGAGAUUAUCCUGGGGCCUACUUCAGCCUAUACUCAGACGCAGUUUCACAGCCUCCGUGGCACCACCGAUGGCUAUGGUGUGCACCCCAAGAGUGUGGACUUAGACCAGUUUUUCACCUCCCGCAGACUGUUAAGCCGUAUGCGUGCCCUUGACAGACUGCAGGUGCCCAGUACAGAACUUGAUGCGUGGCUGGUGCACAGGGAGGCGGACAACUCUGUGUCCAGUGCUCAGACUGGCUCCAGCCGAUCCCCAGAAGGCCCUCAGGAUCUCCCACCUACAGACAACAGCCUCAGAGACAACCGAGAGACGGAGCAAGGACGUGGUACCGAUGAGCUGGGAGCAACUGCGCAGUCUGAAAGUUCAGAGCUAAACAAGGAGGAAAUUGAUCCAAUAGAUAUUUUAUGGCUUCAGGAUAUUGACCUUGGAGCUGGGCGUGAAGAUUUUGAGAGUCGAGGACGCCACAAGGACAAUGAAGAUAUCUGGGAAUCUUUACAUGAUGACCCAGGAAGUGAAGCCGUGCAGCCCAGGGUGCAAGUGGAUGGAGAGACCGGGGAAAAUGUGCCACAGGAGGGUCAGACUGCUAUGUCUUUGGCGGAGUGCCUGAGUCUUCUGGAUGACACUUUCCAGUUUGCCAAUUCUUCCGAGUUUACGGCUCCGGACUCCCAGAGUAUCUUGGACACAGAAUCAGACCCAGUGACUUUAGAUCAGGCAGAUGCUCUUCUGUCCCCUUUUCUACCAGAUAUGGAGUCACCUCUUGAUCUGGAGGAGCAGUGGCAGGACCUGAUGUCAAUCAUGGAUAUGCAGCCAAUGGAUACUACUGAGGAUCCUCUAUAUCUGAGUCUAGACCCAUCAAUGCAGCAAAAUGGCAACCUGGAAGCACUAUCUCUUCAAGGCUGUGCUCAAAACAUGACACUCUUUACUCCUUCGAUGGAAGCUUUUCCAGUCUCUGAGUCACCGCUGCCUCAGCUAUCUUCUCACAACUCCAGUGAUAUCAAUUCCACUUUUGGAUUUACCAAUCUGACAGGGAUUCUUUUCCCCUCACAGCUAAAUAGCACAUCUAAUGAAACUUCAAGCGGUGACCUACAGGACCCCCUUGGUGGCAUUUUGGGAGAUGCUUUAUUUGAUGAAAUUAGUCUAAUGGACUUGGCUUUUGAGGAAGGCUUUAGCCAAAUGCAAGCUUCUCAACUUCAGGAAGAGUUGGAUUCAGAUUCUGGUUUGUCUCUUGAUUCACAUCGAAGUCCAGCAUCACCUAGCGGUUCUGAGACCUCUUCUUCUACAUGCUCCUCCUCCUCCUCUUUCUCUGAGGAAGGAGCAGUGGGAUACAGCUCUGACUCUGAAUUGGUGGAACCAGAGGAGGUUGAGGAAGCCAGCGGUUACCAACCAGAAUACAGCAAAUUUUGCAGAAUGAGCUCCCAGGACCCUAGUCGAUUUAAUCGCUUGCCUUUCCUUGAACAUGUUGGGCACAACCAUACCUACAACAUGGUUCCUGAGGAACCAGAGGAGCCACCGCUACCUAUAUCAGGGAGAGGGAACCGAAGGCAAGGGGAAUACCUAGAUAGACAGGCAGGACGAGAUGAGCAACGAGCUAGAGCUAUGAAGAUCCCCUUCAGUAAUGACAAAAUUAUUAAUCUGCCUGUGGAAGAGUUCAAUGAGCUUCUAACUAAAUACCAGCUUAGUGAGGCACAGCUUUGCUUGGUACGUGACAUCCGUAGACGAGGAAAGAACAAGAUGGCUGCCCAGAACUGCCGCAAGAGGAAAUUGGACACAAUUCUGAAUCUGGAGCAGGAAGUAAAACACUUGAACAGAGAACGUAGCUCUCAGCUGCGAGAAAAAGGAGAAAACUUGAGAUCACUCCAGAGAAUGAAACAGGAAGUGGAGAACCUGUAUCAGGAAGUGUUUAGCCAGCUAAGAGACCAAGAAGGUCGACCAUACUCUCCUCAGCGCUAUGCCCUGCACUACACAAGCAAUGGUAAUGUAGUACUCAUGCCACGCAAUGCUGAGGGCCAGCAGAAUCGACGGCCAGAGAGAAAGGAUCGGAGGAAGUGACGCAUCUCUAUUUGAAAUCAGGAAUGUUACAGGACAGGGGUGUGGGCCGUGCUUUCCUUCAGGCCUCUGUAUCAAACCUUUCACACAAGACUGACCCCAGUGAGUGAUGAGGUAGAUUUCUACACAUACUGAGGGCCAGGGACUGUGUCCUGUCUGUCGGGGCCCCGUUUGUCCAGGAAUGAGGAGGAGGCCAGCCAGGCCUGAGGGCAGAAGCAUGCCCUGAAAUCGUAAAACUAAGAAGUUGACAAAGGCAGGGUGAAAGACCAUUUUUUGUUUAAUUCUUGAUCUUGUACCAUGUC